UAUACCAAAAUCAAACACAAGUACACAAAACUCAUAAUGCAAAUGCAAAAAUUAUGUUUUAUUGCUCUGUUCAUAACUUUUUCAAGCUCUGAAACCAUUUCCGCCGUCAAAGUCAACUUCAACCAUUUCCACGGAACAAAUAUAGUCUUCAUCGGAUAUGCCGAGCUAGGACCAGCAACCGAUGGCAUGAGCCGGUCUGGAGCUCUCUCCAUGACCCGUGACAAUAUUCCAUUCUCACAUGGUCAAGGCCUAUACACAGAUCCAAUCCCAUUCAAACCAUCCAACAACACUUCUUCCUCUGUUUACUCUUUCAAAACAUCUUUCACAUUCUCCAUCACUCCUCGCUGGUCAAACCCUAACAACCCCGGUCAUGGUCUCGCCGUCAUCGUUGUCCCAACAGUAAACUACGACAAAGACUCAACCCGUGGCUUCCUCGGUCUAGUUAACCGCACGACCAAUGGUAAUCCUAAUAACCAUCUCUUUGCCGUCGAGUUUGAUGUAUUCCAAGACAAACAUUUUGGCGAUAUUAAUGAUAACCAUGUUGGUAUUAAUAUCAACUCUGUUAACUCAAUGGUUUCUGAGAAAGCUGGGUAUUGGGUUCAGACAAGAACUGGAGGGAAGAAUGAAUGGUCGUUUAAGGAAGUGAAGCUUAGUAGUGGAGAUAACUACAAGGCUUGGAUCGAGUACAAGAACAGUAAAGUCAUUGUUACGCUUGCACCUGCACAUUUAAAAAAACCAAAGAGGGCAUUGAUCGAAACACAAGUUGAUCUCUCGGAGGUUGUUCUUGAGACAAUAUAUACCGGUUUCACCGGUUCGAUGGGUCGUGGCAUCGAGCGCCACGACAUUUGGAGCUGGAGUUUUGAGAAUACCGCCAAAAUCAAUUAAUUUUGUUUGGUUUUUGUUUUUAUUUUACAUUGGUCUUCUUUGGUUUGAUUUGUG